AUGGCGUCCAACAGCGUCUCAGCCCUCGCGGCCCGGCUGCGCAGCCACGGCGUCGCCGUCCCACCAGCCCUCCAGAACAACACGCGGACGAUAACAGCCCUCGCAGUAGCCAUCGCCCUCUCCCUCCCGACGGUCUCAUACGCCCGCAAGAGCUACCGCGGCUAUCUGGCCUUGGGGCCGGGAGGAAUGCCCUACAACCCCCUCGGGUGGGCCAUCCAGGGCCUUCUGCAGCUCAUCGCCAGGUGGGACACCAGGAGCCCGAGGCCCUUCAGCAAGCCGUCGAACCAGAAGCCCUACGAGCCCCACGGCACAACGCCGUUCCUGGCUGCCUCGCCCUUGCCGCUGCGGGAUGGGGAAAGGCCCGACGUCCCGGGCUACGUGGCGCCGCAGAGGCAGGCGACGCAGCAGGGCGGGGGGGACACGCGGGCGCGCAUGACGGCGUUCCUGGGGCAGCUCGCGGCGCGGAACCCGGGGCUGCUCGUGCUGAGGCCCUCGGGGCUCGAGGGCGUCGGCACGGCCGCGCUGUACGUGGACGCCGCGGCGGUGGAGCCGCCGGCGUACCUGAGGGGCAUCAAGGGCGAGCUGGCGCACGUGCACCCGGAGGCGAGCUCGCACGUCACGGUCAGCCUGGCGGACGCGGAGGAGCUGACGCGCAAGGGGUGGGCGGAGAGGCACCGGCUCAGCGGGGUGGGCGGGACGGGCAUACCGCUUGGGUAUGUGAUGGUUUACGCGCCGAGGGAUGAGGCUGAGUUUGAGGUGUGGAAGGGGGUCGUGAGGGCUGGUCUGUUGUUUGUUGGGGCUGGGGCCGGGAGGGAGGUGGUUGUUGAUGUCGAGUAG